AUCUAAAGCAGUCAAGAAACAGUGAAACAAGUUAAAAUCUGCUGUUUGAUGAGGUUUUAUUAAACUACGGCCUAUGUUCGAAACUGAGAGGGAGGAUUAGGAAGUUCAACUGUCUCUGGAGGUGGAUGGAGCAGAAUUUACAUCAGCAUGUGAGGAGACAUACUGCAUGCAUCCCUUGAAGCGGCUGUUCUUGGCGGAUCUCCAUGACAACAAUUUGCAAUGGUGAAGAAUUCGAUACCGGGGCGCUAGGAUGCUGAUUGGGGAGCAUUGUGAGGGGCCUGAGGUCGCUGAUUGGUUCAUGGAAACACCCUAACUACAAGGACUUUAUAUUCAUUCAACUUCUUCAAGUGCUCAAAGCGCAGCUCGCGGGGGACCCGGCAGUGGGACUGGUUUUCUAGAUGGAUAACUUCCUGUAACGUGGAUUACUUUUCAACAUGGCGAGUUCUGAGAGUGAGGUUAAAACUUUAUUGAAUUUCGUUAAUUUGGCGUCCAGCGACAUCAAGGCGGCCCUGGACAAGUCUGCGCCUUGCAGACGCUCCGUGGACCACCGGAAGUACCUUCAGAAGCAGCUGAAGCGUUUUUCUCACAAAUACUCCAGAGUUCCAAGAUGCCACACGCACAAAGCUGCAUUGCCCGAAGGCGCCAGACCAGCCGGGAUUACUGCACCCCAGGGCACGAAGAUCCCAGAAGGGGCGCGUUUGGAUGGGCAUGGUGUGGACACUUUACGCACCACUGCGGGCAAAGAUACCGGCAGCCAGGAACUGCUGCCCAUGAGGAAACGGCAAUUACCGGCAUCAUUCUGGGAAGAACCUAAACUAACCGAACUUAAAAAUGACUCUUUACAGGUAGGUCUCGAAAAGAGCCACAUUGAGACUGAUAAGAAAGAAAGGAAAGGAGCUCGUGUUGACGACUCAAAAGCCGCAAUAAGCGCCUCGAGUCGACACGGCCCGGUGGACAGAGACAGGGUGAAAUCGGACAUGACCUCACACCACUUGAGUCUCUGCGGCUGUUGCCCCUUUCAGUACCACGGACAACAGGUGUUCCAGAGCCACGUGGUGGUCCCCCACUCCCCGUUGGUGCUGUGGGGCAAAGCCGCAGGAGCCGAAACAGGGAUGGUCCUCCCUGAGCAUCACUAUGGACCGAAGGUUACCACGCACGUCGUGGUGAAGCCCAUACCGACCAAGCCCCCCGUCCCGUCAUCAAUUUUCAGCGUGUUCGGCUUCCUCUAAAAGUCCAACCACAUGACCGUGGACGAAAGCAGGUCCAUCCAUGCAAAUAAGCGCCUGGUUAUUUUGUGUCCAGCUAGCGGUAGGACU